AUGUCUUUAAAGCCAGAAGAGGAGAAGCUAGUCAUUUCUUUCAGACCGUUCCAGCUGGAUGACUCCUUGCCAGCCGAAGGAGUGGACAAGUACAAGUUCUUGUCCAAUCUGAUUCCACCAGCGGCUCUAGAUCCCAUGAUUGAAGAACUGGGAAGUAAAUUCAAGCCUUUGGGUGUUGCAUUUACAGGAAAGGGGCUGAUAGGAAACUCGGCUAAAGCCCACUGCCUGAUGAUCUGGGCUUCCGAGACUGCAUCCCAAGCACAACAGCUCAAAUUGAUGGAUGCUCUAUUUCAAAUUCACUGUUCUAUUGGAAAGUCGGUUGGUGAUCCCGAGGCAAUUGUUGAGGCAGCUGCUAAGGCUGGUUUCACAGAUGAAGAUCAAAUACGGAGCAUUUUGAAGAGUCCUAUAUAUAAGGACAAAUUGAAGAACCUGAGGAAGCAUGCCGCCACUGAAUUGGGAAUUUCUACGGUGCCAUGCUUGACUGUGGUGAAAAAGGAUGGGAAACAGGAAAAAUUGGAAGAGGCGCAACAAAUUGAGACAGUACAAGGAUUCACAGAUCUUAUUGAAGAGUACAGCUCUUAA